AUGAUCAUGCACCCAGGUGUCUAUCAGCUUAUUUACACAGUCGGAGCAGAUUUCCUUAUCUUUAUGAUCUACUUCACCUUAUUUUUAAUCUACCGAAAAUUCGGAAAACGUCACAUCCAUUCGGAAAACCCUGACCUUGCCAUAAAGAAUGCUGUAUUUUCAGAUUCCGACACACCUUUUCUUGAAGUAGUCAAGCACGUAUGGGAAACUUCUCUACAAGAUAUUUAUUCUCGCUGUGGAAUUGAAGCUUAUAUGUACAUAGGACUGCACAUUCAGAUCAUAAUAGUCCUACUUACUAUGAUUGCAAUUGGGGCAACAGCCUUAAUCCCUAUAUAUUUUCAAGGCAACGGAGUAUCUGAAGACAACUUAAAUAGAGAAGGCAUAGCAAAUGUUAUGAAUGACUCUUACAGUAUGGUGGCGCCUAUUGUGUAUUCUAUAGUCUUUUCAUUUUUAGGGUAUGGAUUGGUAUAUAUUGUGAUUAAAACUGUGUCAAAUAAGGCAUUCCCAGCAAAUAUCCCAAUUUUUAGUUAUGCGGUAGAGUUAAGAGGAUUUAAUAGAGAUAUUGCCCCAGAAAUAAUCCAGCCGAAAUUAUUGGAAAAAUUUAAAAAAGAAUUUGAAGAUGAUGUACUAGGAGUUUAUGUAGUCCCAAAUUAUACAGAAAGCUAUGAAGCUUAUUUAGCGAUAAAUGAAGCUAAAGGACAAUUAAGAAAAUAUAGCUUAAAGCUUGAAAAAUCUAUACAGAAAGGAAAAAUGAAAAGGCCUAUGAUAAGACCACGAUUUUUUAGAUCAAAAGUAGAUGCUAUUGAAUAUUAUUCUGGAAAGGUUGAAAAAUAUACCUAAUUAAGAUGAAAAAGCCGUCAUCCUAUUUAUAUUGAAAAUGGGAUAAUGGCGUCAACUAUAUCCACUAUAAUUAGACAUAUCAAAUUAUAUAUGAAAAUAAACUGGGUGAAGGAAAAAAAGGAAAUACAGGGUAUGCUUAUAUUAUGUGCAGGACACCUAGUGCAGCUGAAAAUGUAAAAAAACAUUUUAAGAGAAAUAUUGAUGAUCUGAACAGCAUUUUAUGGUUUGCUCAUACAGCUCCAGCACCUCACGAAAUCAAAUGGGAAAAUAUGACUUACAAUCAUAUAUUAAUUCGAGGAAAAAGGAUUUUAUUGUUAGCCUUUUUUAUGCUGCUGUUUUUUGUUUGGGUAACACCUGCUGGAUUUUUGAAGUUUUUUAGCGAUUUAAUCUCAGAAUUCUCAGUAAGGAGCUACUUUGAAAGCGUUUUUAACCAGUAUUUGCCUACACUUCUCCUCAUUUUUUAUCAGCAGGUUAUAUUAUUCUACUUAAUUUAUCCUAUCAUUUUUUCCUAAUAGUAAAUUAUUAUAUUUUUAUUAAAUUAAUUAGGUAUAUAUUAUUCAAUUAAUUAUAUUGUGUCUCAUGAGAAAAGGACAAGUUUGGCUAUGGAAACAGUCAGCAGAUUUGAAAAAUAUUUGAUUUUUAUGGCAUUUUAUGUAUUUAUACUCCAAGCAAUAGGCUUGCAAACUAUUAUGCAAAUUUCUAUUGAUGGGUUCUGGAAUAAAUGGAGGAGGGAUUUGCCAAUUGCAAUAACUCAGACAGGACAAUUUUUUACAGUUUUUAUUAUCCACCAAACUUUUAUUUCAAAUGGUCUCGAUUUGCUUCGGCCUGUCAGCGUAAUAAUGACAAAAAUUAAGUUAAGCUUGCCAUACUCAGCUGAAGAAAAGCUAUUAAUUCAGCAAGCUAGUCCAUUUGAUUUUGCUUAUGAGCUUGCUUCAACCCUUAACUCUUUGCUUAUAAUUCUCAGCUACUCAGUAGCAUAUCCAAUAAUAUUGAUUUUUGGAGUGUUAUAUUUUUAUACAAGAGUAUCUUAUAUUUAGUAUAUCUUAUCAUUGCAAAAGAUCACUAUAGAUCUCUAGGCAUCCAAUCUAAGCCUGAAAAGGAGUCUCAAAAAUAGAAAUUACCUAAAUUUUUUUAAAAAUUUUAGCCAAUAGCCAUUUUAAAAAUAUAAAUAUAGGCCAAUAGUAAUUUAAAGUGAUGGGGAUGCUAUACCUUAUUCACAAAUAUUUAAUCCUCUGUGUUUACUAUGUCGAUAAACGCUCUACAGGAUCAAAAAUUCCUAAAGCUUGCAUUACAUCAAUAUUAUUUUCUAUUUUUAUCUUUCAAGGUGUAACAGGGGGUUUAGGUCAAAUGACUUUGCCUUUUUGAUAGUGUCCAUUUCACCUGGCCGAAAAUUGAUCUAAAAUUUUUGAUAAUGAGACAUUUGACGAAAAAAACCUCUAAUUUUUCGGGCAAAUGUCGCACUAUCAAAAAUUUUGGACCAAAUGGAUUUCGAUGAAAUGUACACUGUCAAAAAUCCACAGCUAUUUGGCAUGGAGCCGUAACAGGGCUGAUUUUUAUGAUAAAUGAAGAUUUAAAUAUUGAAUUAAUUGGGACCAUUUUAAUAGCGUUCUCACUGUUAAUUUUUGUGAUUCUUCUAUGAAAAUUGCCAUCAAUUUUGAAGAAAAUUCAUAGCUGGAUCAAUCAUAUUUCCAGAAUUUCUGAAGAAAGAGAAGAGCCUUUGCUGCAAUUUUCUGAAGCAGUUUAUAUGCACCCAGUAGAAAAAAUUAUAAACGGAAGAAAUUCCACUUAUUCCCCCUCUCCGUGAGUGAAAAAAAAUUUGUUCACUCACGGGAUGGGUUAAAUUAUAUAUAAAUUUUAAAAUAAAAAAUUUCGGAAUUAAAAAAAAAAUCCCACUUCUCGAAAAUUGGAAGGCAAAUAUUAAUUUAAUUUGUAAAUUUAUCUUUUAAAAACAAAGUUUGUUUAAAAUUAAACAGAAUUAGCUCGAGAUUUCAUUAUACUAGUUAUUGCUUAUAUAUCAAAAUUUUUUCAAAUAAAAAAUUUUGUUUCGCCCAAGGAGGGUGGGUUUUUUUUGGCAAAAAAUUGGGAUUUUUCUAAUGGUUUUGUUCACUUAAGGAGGGGAGUUAG